AUGUUGAUUAAAAAAUAAAAAAUGAUUGCAAUAUUAAUAUGCAUGCUCUCUUUUUUGUAUAUUUCCAUGGCAAAGAAAUGUUCAUGCAACGAGAUAUAUUUUGAGGACUUAUGUAGAGAUGCCCGAGGAUGCUAUUUUGAACAAAAAUCUGGCAUUUGUGAAGAAAUAAAUUGCCUUGAAAGAACAAGUGAGGAUUGCUCAUAUUUUGCUGGAAAAUUACGAUGUUAUUGGGACAUUACAAUAGGAUUUUGUAAGGAAUUGAAAGGGUGUGAGGAGCUACAGGAAAAUGAUAAGGUUGAUUCUAACGAAGAAAAUUGUUAGGAAAUAGAUUGCCGGUGGGAUUAUUAAUCAAAAAUUUGUGUAUCUGAUGCUGAUUAGAGAUUGUGCGAUGAUUAUAGUGUGGAAUAUUGCGUUGGAGCUAUUUAAGUUAUCGGAACGUAAACAAGUGAGUGUGUUUUAAAUGGAGAAAAUGGAGAUACUUGCAUUGCUUUGGAGAGUUGCGAAGAUAUUACAUUCAUGAAUUCAUGCAAUAAAUAAUUCUGUAAGUGGGAAGAUAACUAAUGUAAGACCAUGGUUUGUAGCGACUAUACUAUAAAUGAAUGUCCAAGUUUUAAUAAAUUAAGUUAAUAACAAUGCUAUCCUUCUCAUUUAGGAUGCGUUGUGUUUAAUUGCAAUGAUUUUGGAAUCAAAUUGGAAUGCUAAAAUCAUCCACGAUGUUUUUGGAGUCAAAAUCUCAAUUCUUGUCAUCAAUAAACUUGUAAUAAAGCUACAUAUGCAACAUAAUGUCUCAGUUUUAGCUAUGUUAUAGAAAACUCAGAAUGCAAAUGGGAUAAUGAAGGCUGUCAUUCUUGCUACUCAAUUGCCUUUGUCUUCUAUUUAAUUAUAUAUAUAUUCUAUUGA